CAGCCCCAUCGGUCGUAAUCACCACCCACGUACGCCCUGCACACAGAAUCGCUCGUAACCCUCAACCGAUUGCAUACUACACGCUCCGCUCGUUAGCUGUCGGCUUUGUUUUUUCCAUUAGCUUUCCUUCUGUCGUGGCAUCGGGAUGUCAGAUACUUACUCCAUUUUAAAGGAGGAUGUGCGUUCCUUCAUCAUAAGCUUUUGUGAACACAUCAGAGAACAAAACAUCGUGGAGAUCGAGAGUGACUAUCAGAUCAAGUUUCCAAGGCUUACAGAUCAAUAUUUCAUCAGCACUCGAUGGCCUACUGCAGACGUGAUAGCAAAGUUGGUGGAUGCAGAUCCACUUUUUCUCAUGCUCUACAAUGAGCUAUACUAUCGCCAUGUCUAUGCCCACGUCAGCACAAGUCUCUCCGUUGAGGAUAUGGCUCAGUCCUAUCUAAACUACUGCUCGUUAUUCAACGCUUUAAUAAAAUCCGAGAAGCCUCUACCUUUAGUGCUGCCUAACCAGUGGCUUUGGGACAUUAUUGAUGAAUUUCUGUAUCAAUUUCAAAAAUUCUCCAAUUUCCGUGGCCGUCAGAAGCAUCGUCCAGAAGAUGAGGCCCAGCUGCGUGAAAAUCCGCGAAUAUGGCGCAUCCACAGCGUUCUCAAUGUGCUUUAUUCGUUAGUGGAAAAGUCCGGUAUUAACGAGCAACUGAGCUAUUACGCCAAACAAGGUGAUCCCGAUGAGAUCGCGGACGAAUUCGGCCGUUGCGUGCUCUACAAGAUGCUGGGCUUUUUCAGUUUGAUUGGACUCUGCAGGUUACACUGUCUGCUGGGUGACUAUUACACUGCCAUUAAAGUGCUGGAAAAUAUUAAAAUUAGCCGUUUAGAUAUGUACCACGAAGUUCCCACUUGCCAUGUCACCACCGGUUACUACGUCGGUUUCUGCUACAUGAUGAUGCGACGCUACAUGGAUGCUAUCCGCACAUUUUCGGCCACAUUAGCUUACAAAGCUAGAACUAUUGGAAUUGUUCAGCGGACUGAUUUACGGGAAUAUGUGCAAAAACAGUCGGACCAGAUGUCCAGUCUCCUCGCCCUCUGUCUCACACUCAGUCCGCUCUCCACGGAUCAGGCAAUGGACACUGAUCGACGGGACAAGUUCUCCGAAACCAUGCUACGAUUGCAGCAGUUAGAUGAAAACGAGUUUGUCAGCUCCUUCGACUUGGGUUGUCCGAAAUUCAUCACUCCUGAGUCUCCACACUAUACUCGUUCGACCACUGGAGGCGAUGCGGUGUAUGCACUAGAACCACAACGUCAACAAAUGGAGCUGUUCAAAUUGGAAAUGAGCCAUCAGAUUGAGCUCCUUCGUUUGCGUUCAUUCUUGAAGUUGUACACGAACAUGCCGGUUUCGAAAUUGGCUGCAUAUUUAACCAUGUCUGAUUUGGAGGUGCAUAUGGCUUUGAUGGCUUGCAAAUACCGACUGCGAAUGAUCACCUGCCCUUCCGAUUCGAAUGCGCCAGAAACGAACGAAUCCGCUGGCGGAUACGGAGCUGCCUUCUCCAGUGCCGGUGCGCCGGAUUUGAGUGGACCACAACAACUCUUCGCCGAUUUGGACUUCUUCGUUGAUGGCAACCUGGUACACGUUGCCGACACAACAAUGGACAGACGUUUUUCCGAGUACUUUGUCCGUCACAUUGAGAUGUUGCAGCAGAUGAAUCAAACACUGGACAGUUUAGAGCGUCGUAUCCACGACAGCGCACCGCUUGAUCCUGUGGACUUCGCGAAGCUGCGUUGAUUACAUGUUGUAGCUAGACUUUGUACGGUCAAUACAAUGUGUUUGCAGCAAUGCA